AUGCCCGAAUCCAAGUCUGAGCAAAUCGACCGCGUCAAGGCCAAUCUGCCUCUGCCAGAAGACCCCCCGCGCGCACCCGACUUCAACUCGGCCGACGCGCGCACCACCAACGCCGGCAGCGGCCGCACGGAAGCCCACCUGGGCACCGAGGACGCUUCGACGGCGGGCCUUCGCGGACCCAACACCAAGAGGAGCGAGAAUGUCGACAUGUCCAACAUUGGGAGGCAGGGCGUCGAGGGCUUGUCACAACCGCCAAAGGACGCAGCUUCGAAAUAA